AUGUCUGGGAAGUCAUUUUCUGAAUCAGAAUUUAACGCUGAUUCGAAUGGUGGUAGUAUUGUCGCUAGCCGUUGCUUUCGUCCGGAGCUAUGGUUGGGUGAAAAUUUGGCGAGAAGGGUGAAAUCCAAAAAAAUGUCGAGAAAGUCAUUUCCCGAAUCAGAAUUUGACGCUGAUUCGAAUGGUGGAAGUCUUGUCGCCAGCCGUUGCUUUGGUCCGGAGCCACGGUUGGGUAAAAAUUUGGCGAGAAGGGUGAAAUCCCAAAAAAUGUCGAGAAAGUCAUUUUCUGAAUCAGAAUUUGACGGUGAUUCGAAUGGUGGUAGUUAUGUCGCCAGCGGUUGCUUUGGUCCGGAGCUAUGGUUGGGUGAAAAUUUGGCGAGAAGGGUGAAAUCCCAAAAAAUUUCUGGGAAGUCAUUUUCUGAAUCAGAAUUUAACGCUGAUUCGAAUGGUGGUAGUCUUGUCGCUAGCCGUUGCUUUGGUCCGGAGCUAUGGUUGGGUGAAAAAUUGGCGAGAAGGGUGAAAUCCCAAAAAAUCUCUGGGAAGUCAUUUUCUGAAUCAGAAUUUGACGCUGAUUCGAAUGGUGGUAGUCUUGUCGCAGCCGUUGCUUUGGUCCGGAGCUAUGGUUGGGUGAAAAUUUGGCGAGAAGUGUGA